AUGACAGCAUUGCAGCCGUUUAGUGACGAGCAAUUAAAUUUCUUUAAGUUCUCGUCCUUAGUGUUAAAUGAAUUCCCCAAAGCCUUACGGCAGACCUUUAAAACCAUGUGGGACAACACCUAUGGACAUCUUCCUGGUUUUCGGCUCUGGGAUGAUUCCACUGCUGUCAGAAAUAUGUUCGCCUCUGAAGAAGCAAAAAGUGGCAAGACGACUAAAGUUCCUGUUCUCCAGUCUUACAACGAAUGGGAUUGUACCAACCUGUUCCAGGCUACUAUAUUUGCGCCUUCUUUUGCCACAACAGUCAGUACAGGCCCCUUCGCCACACUAAGUGAUUUGUACGUGAAGCCCUGUGCAGUACCUUAUGGUAGUUUCCACGCAUGUGUGGUCAGCUCGAGUGGAAACAUGACGGAGACCAUUGCACUUGCGAUUGAUCAGCUUCGUCUUCUUAGAAAUUCGCUUUGUCACUCCAACAGUAGUGAGAUGGACAAAGCGUCGUUUGACCAGCGCAUGAUUUACACCAGAGAUGCGUUUCAAGCCCUUGGUGUCUCGACAGCACCAAUUGACGCAUUUGUUAGUUUGGCGGAGUCAGACUUUCCCACAAAUGAAGUUCGAAAAUUGGAAGCAAGAAUCCGAGACGAGACUCGGGCGUACAUCAAAAGUCUCGAGGACUUCAGAGAAGGUCUGGAGAGUUUAAAAAAACAAGUCGAAGUGGAUAAUGCCAGCAAAGACGACAUUACUAGAUUGGAGAAAAAGAUUGAUGAAUUGAAAGUAGGAAGAGACGAACAAGGUAAUCUAUCUGACAAUUCAGGUACAAUUUUGAGAAAUUGUUUCUGCCGAAGGCUCAGCCAGUUACGGUUUGGACAAAUAGUAAGCAAAUUGCAACUGCAGGACUGGUUAAUUGAGCCAGUUCCAUUUACAAAUUAGCAAAAUUAAAGCCUAUUAAGUUUUCCUUUUUCAUCAGAGCCUUCAGAUUGUAAGGUAAUUAAAAAAGGUAGCAGUCUUAGCCACGGAGAGUAAACCUUUUUCCAGUUAGGUCAAGUCUCCUGUAGCUCAGUGGCAAGAGCAUCUGUUUACUUACUUGACUCCUGUUCGGAAGUUCUCAGACUUUAUCUGUUGAGCGGGCUGCCAGACACUGCCUGAAGAACACCUUUCUCAAGAUUUUUUUUUAUGUAUGUAGGCUUCCUUUAUAUAAAGAGAUGAACAAAUGACCUUGGAUCGACAUCAUAACCAAACUCUUUUCCUGAAUCAUCAGGUUUAGUAUAAGUAUAUAAUUUAGGGAUUUGAAUUCACUGCAAGAAUAUCAUUUGCACAUUGAAUGACUUAUCUAUAUAUUUAUUUCUGAAGAUUUUCACUGAUUUCUGUUUCACUUUUGGUCUUUUCUUAUCAUAAAAGGUACAAGAGCAUCGCUCUCAAGAGCCUACCUUCCUUCAAUGGUUCCCAAUUUCACUGGGCGACAGAGCGAAGUUGAAGAGAUCAUCGGACAUGUCACUUCCAAAUCCACCCGACUUGUGUCGAUCUGGGGUUCACCUGGAUUCGGAAAAACGUCGGUUGCAAUUGCAGUGGGACACGCUCUUCAGACUCAAGGGCUUCCUGUGUACUGGCUUUCAUUACGAGGACUUCAGUCAAAGGCGGGUCUGACUUCAAAGAUUCUUAGCCUUCUAAAGCAACCAACCUUUGAUAAACGACCGUCCGAUCAGCGUCUGUCCCUUGAUGAUGAGAUUUGCCAACUAUUCAAUAAAAUAUCAAAACAGUCUGUAUUUAUUCUUGAUAAUGCCGAUGAUUUGUUAGAAAGUGGUUGGCCAAAAGUGAAGGAAGAAGUCACCCAACUUCUUGAAGAAAUACUCAGGCAAAACCCAAGGGUGACAUGCAUUGUAACCACGAGAGAGUCGCUAGAGUUUAUGGACAUUCAUUUUCAAGGCCAUCAAGGCUUGAGAGUCAGAACAUUGGAUAAAGCCUCUACAAAAUCCUUAAUUGAUGAGUUACUUCCAAAUGCGAGCGCUGCAGAUUGUAUAGAAGUCGCGCAUAUCUGCGGACAAGUUCCUUUGGCCAUAAAAUUAAUGUGUUCGUUGAUUUCUGAAGAUAGUUCUUUACCAAGUCAUUUUCUAGAUGAUUUCAAGGCGUCCUCUACAGAAAGUAUCGUGAGCAUGUUGGACAUAUUUGACUCCUCUUUCCAGAGACUAACUGCACAAGAACAAGAAGCACUAAUUUCUUUGAGCAUUCUCCCUGAAAACUUUACUACUGAGGUCGCUGCGGCCGUUUUAGGCACCAAAAAUGGUUUUAAAGCCAAAAGGAUGUUACAAAACCUUCGGAGGAAGUCACUGAUUGAUUCAGGCUCUAAAACCGGGACUUUCAUGAUGCACAAACUGUUGCAAUCAUUUUCGAAAGAGAAAGGGGACACUGAGAUGAACAAGACAAUUCUCAACGCAAAGGGUCGUUUGAAUGCAUUCUAUGUCUCGUACUUUGAUAAACUAAAUAAGCAAUUUCUCACCGGGCAUUCCAUGGAUGCGUAUAUUGCUUUUUAUGAGGAUAAGGAGAGCAUUGUUCAAAGCCUAGUAGACGGAUCUUUUGACUCCAAAACAGCUGACACUGUCUUUGACAUAUUGGUCAAGGGGGGGUUGUUUCUUGACUCGGUUUUUUGGAGUGCGAGUGAAACGAAAACCUUUCAUCACAUAUACGAUGCCGCAAUAAAAGCAGCCAAUCUGCAUGGAAAUGAAAAAUACCACAGGCAGCUACUUUCUUCUAAAGCUUUCAGUCAAGUAACCUGGGGACGAGCAGGACAGACGAAUCAUCUUCUCACUGAAGUGAAAGUUCUGCAAGCAGCAUCGUCCCUUGUUUCUAAUCAAGAAAAAGGCAAAUGCUUCUGCUAUUUAGGAAUCUGUUACCUUACUGCAGAAGAAACGAAGAGUGGAGUCCACUGCCUACAGCAGGCGCUUUCAUCACUGGAUACUUGCAACGACCAAGAGUCCUUAUUUCUAAAGUUUCUUAUUCUUCAGAUCCUCGUUUGUUAUUAUCAGUCCCUAAAUGACUUCUACAAUGCAAGUUACUAAUAUGACAAAUCACUACAUCAGUCCUCUGCAAUAGGAGGAUGCAAGCUGCUUAUUAUUCCGCCAAUGAAAAGCAAAUCACAAAAAACUACCAAUGAAAUGCAGUUUGAAAAGGACUCAAACAUUUUGCUGAAUCAACCUUUCGAAUUCCAAUUUGUCUGUCUCUUAAGUGAAGCUACAAAGUUUUUCGCUCAAACUAAAACCAAACAAAAUACAAGCCACUUGGUUCUUCAAAUGUUAGAGUGUGUCGAAAAAGAUGUUACACCUUCAAUUGGUUUGCUAUAUUUUCACACAGCUGUGAUACAGCUGCUGUGGAAUAUAAAUAUUGAAGACCCUGAAAAACUGUUUUGGUCAAGAAUAAAUUAUCAUGAAAAAACACUCAAGCAAUGGAAAGAAACAUUCCCAAAUAGUCACGACUUUGGCGGUUAUAGUCAAAUACAAAUUGAAGCGCUUGUGGACUGGUACUUAAACCUGGGUAUAGUUUACAUCAAAAGAAGAAACUAUUCAGAAGCUCUUCAGUCAUGCAAGAGAGCUCUGGACACAGCAACAAGGUCCUUAGGGGAACAACAUGAAAGGACUUCCGUCACCUACUGGCAACUCGGUGUAACACAACACAACAUGCAUGACUACAGUGCAGCUCUACAAUCUCACAGCCGUGCAUUAGCUAUCCGUCUUAAACUGUUUGGAGAGGACCAUGAAAGCACUGCUGACAGCUACAGGCAACUCGGUGUAACACAAUACAACAUGGAUGACUACACUGCAGCUCUACAAUCUCACCAGCGUGCAUUAACUAUACGUCUUAAACUAUUUGGAGAGGACCAUGAAAGCACUGCUGACAGCUACAGCCAACUCGGUGUAACACAAAGAAAUAUGCAUGAUUACAGCGCAGCUCUGCAAUCUCUCCAGCGUGAAUUAGCUAUCCGUCUUAAACUAUUUCGAGAGGACCAUGAAAGCACUGCUAACAGCUACAGGCAACUCGGUGUAACACAAAGUAAUAUGCAUGAUUACAGCGCAGCUCUGCAAUCUCUCCAGCGUGAGUUAGCAAUCCGUCUUAAACUGUUUGGAGAGGACCAUGAAAGCACUGCUGACAGCUACAGGCAACUCGGUGUAACACAAUGCAACAUGGAUGACUACAGCGCAGCUCUCCAAUCUCUCCAGCGUGCAUUAACUAUCCGCCUUAAACUAUUUGGAGAGGACCAUGAAAGUACUGCUGACAGCUACAGGCAACUCGGUGUAACACAAUACAACAUGGAUGACUACAGCGCAGCUCUACAAUCUCACCAGCGUGAAUUAGCUAUCCGUCUUAAACUAUUUGGAGAGGACCAUGAAAGCACUGCUGACAGCUACAGGCAACUCGGUGUAACACAAUACAACAUGCAUGACUACAGUGCAGCUCUACAAUCUCACAAGCGUGCAUUAACUAUUCGUCUGAAACUAUUUGGAGAGGACCAUGAAAGCACUGCUGACAGUUACAGGCAACUCGGUGUAACACAAUACAAGAUGGAUGACUACAGCGCAGCUCUACAAUCUCACCAGCGUGAAUUAGCUAUCCAUCUUAAAGUAUUUGGAGAAGACCAUGAAAGCACUGCUGCCAACUACAGGGAACUCGCUGUAACACAAUGCAACAUGCAUGACUACAGCGCAGCUCUACAAUCUCUCCAGCGUGAAUUAGCUAUCCGUCUUAAACUGUUUGGAGAGGACCAUAAAAGCACUGCUAACAGCUACAGGCAACUCGCUGUAACACAAUGCAACAUGCAAGAAUACAGCGCACCUCUGCAAUCUCUCCAGCGUGAAUUAGCUAUCCAUGUUAAACUGUUUGGAGAGGACCAUGAAAGCACUGCUGACAGCUACAGGAACCUCGGUGUAACACAAUACACCAUGCAUGACUACAGUGCAGCUCUGCAAUCUCACCAGCGUGCAUUAACUAUCCGCCUUACACAAUUUGGAGAGGACCAUGAAAGCACAGCUGACAGCUACAAGGAACUCGCUGUAACACAAUGCAGCAUGCAUGACUACAGCGGAGCUCUACAAUCUCACCAGCGUGAAUUAGCUAUCCGUCUUAAACUAUUUGGAGAGGACAAUGAAAGCACUGCUGCCAACUACAGGGAACUCGCUGUAACACAAUGCAACAUGCAAGACUACAGCGCAGCUCUGCAAUCUCUCGAGCGUGAAUUAGCUAUCCGUGUUCAAUUGUUUGCAGAGGACCAUGAAAGCACUGCCGACAGCUACAGGAACCUCGGUGUAACACAAUACACCAUGCAUGACUACAGUGCAGCUCUGCAAUCUCACCAGCGUGCAUUAACUAUCCGCCUUAAACUAUUUGGAGAGGACCAUGAAAGCACUGCUGACAGCUACAGGCAACUCGGUGUAACACAAUACAACAUGGAUGACUACAGCGCAGCUCUACAAUCUCACCAGCGUGAAUUAGCUAUCCGUCUUAAACUAUUUGGAGAGGACCAUGAAAGCACUGCUGCCAACUACAGGAAACUCGCUGUAACACAAUGCAACAUGCAUGACCACAGCGCAGCUCUCCAAUCUCACCGGCGUGAAUUAGCUAUCCGUCUUAAACUAUUUGGAGAGGACCAUGAAAGCACUGCUGACAGCUAUAGAGAACUCACUGUAACACAAUGCAACAUGCAUGACUACAGUGCAGCUCUACAAUCUCACCAGCGUGAAUUAGCUAUCCGUCUUAAACUAUUUGGAGAGGACCAUGAAAGCACUGCUGCCAACUACAGGGAACUCGCUGUAACACAAUGCAACAUGCAAGACUACAGCGCAGCUCUGCAAUCUCUCCACCGUGAAUUAGCUAUCCGUCUUAAACUAUUUCGAGAGGACCAUGAAAGCACUGCUGACAGCUACAGGAACCUCGGCGUAACACAAUACACCAUGCAUGACUACAGUGCAGCUCUGCAAUCUCACCAGCGUGCAUUAACUAUCCGCCUUAAACAAUUUGGAGAGGACCACGAAAGCACUGCUGACAGCUACAGGGAACUUGCUGUAACACAAUGCAACAUGCAUGACUACAGCGCAGCUCUACAAUCUCACCAGCGUGAAUUAGCUAUCCGUCUUAAACUAUUUGGAGACGACCAUGAAAGCACUGCUGACAGCUACAGGGAACUCGGUGUAACACAAGAGAACAUGGAUGACUACAGCGCAGCUCUGCAAUCUCACCAGCGUGCAUUGGCUAUCCGUCUUCAACUGUUUGGAGAGGACCAUGAAAGCACUGCUAACAGCUACAGGCAACUCGCUGUAACACAAUACAACAUGAAUGACUACAGAGCAGCUCUGCAAUCUCUCCAGCGUGAAUUAGCUAUCCGUCUUAAACUGUUUGGAGAGGACCAUGACAGUACUGCUGACAGCUACAGGAGCCUCGGUGUAACACAAUACAACAUGCAUGACUACAGCGCAACUCUGCAAUCUCUCCAGCGUGAAUUAGCUAUCCGUCUUAAACUGUUUGGAGAGGACCAUGAAAGCACUGCUGACAGCUACAGGAACCUCGGUGUGACACAAUACACCAUGCAUGACUACAGUGCAGCUCUGCAAUCUCACCAGCGUGCAUUAACUAUCCGCCUUAAACUAUUUGGAGAGGACCAUGAAAGCACUGCUGACAGCUACAGACAACUCGGUGUAACACAAACCAAAGCCAAA